CGGAACCACCAGAAUUUACGGUUAACUGUAACGGCGACCACAACCUUGACAGAGCCGCCUAAUGACCAUGACGUUGGAGUGUUCCAAAAUUAACCUCUCUCUCUCUCUCUCUCUCCAUCUCAGAUGAGCUCUUCUCUUCGCAGUUGGUAUCAGUUACAGGGUCCAAAAUGUGGUUUGCUUUAGUGCUUUAAAGAUGGAUUCUUUUUAGCUUUUAUUUUUCUUUCCAACUAGGCAUUCGGUAGGGGGUCCCUUUUGUGGGGGGUUUAAUGGAGCUUUCUUAUGUGUUGUGAUGAUUGCGGUGAUGGGUUUUCUUCCUUCUGUACAGUCAAGGAUCUGAAGUUUUCUGGGUUAGUGAAGAUGAAGGAUCUCCCCGGAACACCUGGGACUUUGACUGGCCUUAUUCUUCGAAUUUCACAGUGUUUGUUCGCGGUUGGUUCGAUCAUUUCAAUGGCCACUGCAUCAACCUUCUUCAAUUCUACUGCUUUCUGCUACCUGAUAGCUUCAAUGGGCUUGCAAGUCAUUUGGAGCUUUGGGCUUGCACUAUUGGAUGCAUAUGCCUUGGCAAGAAAGAAGAUCCUUCACAAUAUUAUUUUGGUCAGCCUCUUCGUGGUUGGGGAUUGGGUUACAGCUACAUUGUCUCUUGCAGCAGCAUCCUCUGCAGCAGGGAUAACAGUUUUAUACUCCAGAGACUUGGGAGGCUGCAGGGUGCCAGAUUGCCCAAAAUUCCAGAUGUCAGUCUGCCUGGCCUUUUUGAGCUGGAUAAUGAUUGAGAUGUCAUCUCUUAUCAUGUUUUGGCUUCUGGCUGCAGGUUAGGUCUUCUUUCAAUUGCUUCCAUCUUCAGCUAAGAUUCAUUGUUGAUCAGGGAAAUUGGUAUUUUCAUAAAGAAAUUGAACCCUUGUUCCAAUUAUAAAAGAGGAGAAAAAAGAAAUAGGACAAGGAUAUUCUUCUUAAGUUUGUCUUGCAUGGUCUCCCCCAAAAUUCAAAAAAUGGGUGUACAAAUGGAAACAUCUCUAACACAGAGUUGGAAAAUGAUGAAGAGAAAAGGUUUGAAGCCUAUCAGCAAGAUUGGUUAUCUGGAAAACUGAUUUCUGAUGGAGAAGCAUCAAAACUGUAUAGACUUGACAACAUUUGAAAAAUUAAGUGGCUGAAUGUAUUGAAAAUUCAAUCUCUGUUGAUAGGGGUCUCAGUGAGCUUGUAAUUUUGAUGAAGUUUUUGGUUAACAGGAAUCAAUUACUGUUCACAUGUAUUUGGCUAACAGUAAAAGAGUUCUUCUUGGAAUCG